UGGCUGAUCUUCCCUGGUCAGCUACAUCACCUGCAAGGAGGGAUCAACCUUCAACAAUCAGGUGAUGCCAUUUUUCAGGGCACGAAUACCUUCCCAAGGCUAUAUGCUAGGAAAGAACAACAAAAUGAGAUGAGUCAUCCAUGCUGAGAGCGUUGCGGUCAAGGAGAGAUGAGUUUAUGGAGAUUGGUUGCUAAGUUCUUCUGCUCCCUUCCGCUUGGUGUCAUGGUCGAGGAUGGGGUUGAGGGAAUUUAGCGCAAAACCACGGGGGAAAAUGAGGGUAGAGAGGCCCUUCUAGCAGAGGUUCGUAGAGUUUCUUUAGGUGGGAUUCUGGAUGUGUCUCACGUCGCCGUGGUACCUGUGUCCGUCUGCUCGUAAACACCCGCACGAGUACUGGAUGGUACCAGUCAGCAUUGUCGAGGGCAUUGGAUUAGGAGCUGCUGGGAAAUUAUGGCUGGCUUAUGGAUUGGUCCUGUACUGGGCGAUUGGCGGGGAGAUUUACUAAGCGGCGUGAUUUGAGGUUUCUGUCAGAG